CUGCAUUGUGGAAGAGUGACCAUGUGGCAAGGAUAAUCACGUGUUUAUGAUACACGCAGAUAUUUGUAAUACACAUAAAUAUUUAUAUUCAUUCCAUACAUAUUAUGCGAAAAUAGAUAAAGCAACAGAACUAUGCUAUUCGAAAGUAAAAUUGUCCAUACAUCUGAGAAAUUGAUUGAAUUGAAGAAAAUUGCGUGCAAUAGACAAAACAAGUGAGGUGAUUCUCGGAGAAUCAAGAAUGCAAGACACAGGCACCGAAGAUCGAAUAGCUCGCAGCAAUGAAAUGAAACAUGGAUCCGAAGAAGAUAUACUAAAAAGCUGCGACAAACACGAGGACGAAGAAGCGAUACCUGAUAAUGACAUGGAAACACAAGACAAUCACCAUCAGGCUCAUAUCACAGAAAAGACACAAAGCUUUCCCGAAACGCCUUUAGAACCACAAGAGUCAAGGGACACACAAAGCUCUGGCCUGGAGGAAGGACCCACCACAGCGAAAGCAGCAUCUCAGAGUACAAUGAAGCCGCCUGACGGAGGCUGGGGUUGGUUCGUUGCCUUAGGCAGUUUCAUCAAUACGGCACUCCUGUUCUCGCUGCCUGUGGGUUUCGGCAUCCUCUUCUCCCGCUUCCUGAUGAACCUCGGGACGUCCUCCACCACCACAGCCUGGAUAUUCAACCUGCAAAUGUUCUUCUGGCAUGUGGUGGGCCCCUUCGUCAGGCCCCUCGCCCGGGAAUUCGGUUGGAGGAGACCCGGGAUCUUCGGGGUGCUGCUCAUCUCCUCUUCCAUCAUGCUCUCCGCCUUCGCCCCGUCGGCAGAGUUCCUCUUCUUCUCGUUCUCUCUUCUGAGUGGAAUAGGUGGAGGGCUGGUUGGCACUAUAUGUUUCCUAAUAGUACCUACCUACUUUGAGCGACGGCGAGGUAUAGCAAAUACAAUGCUUACGACAGGCAUAUGCAUGGGGCAGAUCAUGGGAGCUCCAUUCAUCCGUUAUCUACAAGACGAAUAUGCUUUCACGGGAGCUGCCUUGAUAUACGGCGCCAUCUUACUUAACUGUUUAAUUGGAGUCUCCUUUUUCCACCCUCUUAAAUGGCACUUGAAGAAAACGGAAGUCACGGAAAACGUUGCUUCGUUGGAUGGCUCUGACCCUCUUAUAUCCACUGCAGAGAAGACAGAGGAAGAGUCAGUUCAAAAGGUCUUGACUGAGGAUAUGAAAACUCAGGCAAGGAUGGUCAGAGCAAGGAUGCUGGCGCGAAUCAGCGAGUCGUCUUGUACUUCCCACACUUCAAGAGGUUCGGAAACGUCGGUGAUGUACGUGUCCAUGACCGGGAUUAUCGAAGUAGUUGAUUUUGCCUUAGAGACGGAGGCGAAAGAGAAAUCUUCUAGUUUGUGGGAAAUCUUAAAGCGCGUCUGUCUUUCAACGUUUUCCGACCUGCGCAUAUUCCGCUCACGAAGGGCACUAAUCAUUAAUACAGGAAUAGCUUUAUGUAUUAACAGCUACAUCAACUUCAUCAUGAUGGUCCCGUUUAAGAUGCAACAGGCUGGCUUUACUCUGCAGGAUUCGGCUUGGUGUGUAUCGAUCUUGGGUCUUUGCAACUUUGUGACCCGACUGAUAAUUUCUCCACUCACAGACUGGUCAAAGUUUAACAUGCGCCUAUGUUUCAUGAUCGGAUAUGCUAUCAUAGCAUGUUCUAUGUACGUUUUCCCACUGCUGACUAGCCUUACCUGGAUUGCGGUGACCAUGGCCGCUACUGGGUGUGGGAUCGCAGCCAACAUCACCCUCAACAGUCUCAUCAUGAUAAAAUACAUGGGCAUAGAAAACCUUCCUCCCCUUUUUGGUGCAUCUUGUCUCUUACUCGGAGGAACCUUCAUAGCGUUUGGGCCUUUCAUCGGCUUUGUACGUGACAUGACCGAGAGUUACACCUUCAGCAUAUGGCUCCUGGCAACCAUGUCGGCCUGCAGCCUCAUUCUGUGGUUCUUCAUGCCCGCCGCUGUGGCAUACGACGCCAAAAUGGAAGUCAAAAUGGAGAGAGAAAAAGAACGUGUUUGAUAUUUCCUGAAUCUUGUUGAUUUUGUCACCAACCUCAUAGAACGGAGAUCAAUUUUGUUCCUUAUUUUGUGGAAAAUAGUGGUGCAUCUUCACUAUCUUGUUAAAUCUGAAUCUUGGUCUUUCAUUGUCUAGGUUUUUAUUAUAUAAUUAAUAUUUGUUGUUAAUGUUUAGUAAACUGUUUCGUGAAAUUUUAUACAUUUUAUAUCCAUCUUAAUUUUGGAAUAAGGAAAACAAUGAUUUCACAUUGUAUUUUGAAAGUAGGUGUCGUCAAUCAUUGAAAGCAAGUGAUUAAUAAGUUUAGGAAAAAAAUAUUUCGCGUGUGAUUUUAUUACUAUUAUCAUUCAUCUUUACGUGUUAAUUACGAUGACUGUCACGCGACCUCCGCAAAUUGUGUCAGCGUUAGAAUAAUUUCUGUAAUAAGCUGUGCUUGUUAUCAAAAAUUAAAGAAAACAGAAAAGUCGUUCCUAUCACUAUCUUAGUGAUAGGAACAAUAAUCGUGUUGUUCAAUAAUCAAUAAUCGUGUUUUUUAAGAUAACCUACAAAUCUCAAAUAGACAGUGAAUUAUAUCAUUUCACUAAAGUUUGAGAAUGGAAAUGAUAGGCUGUAGCGCCCUCUGGGAACCACUCAAAUAUUUUAUCCAGAUGGGCGCUAUCUGUUAAUUCCUUUCUGUGGUUUCUCGAAAAGUUAUCUUCAGAACCCACACUAUAAAAGAAAAAUCAUACAGGG